AUGGGAGACUUAAGUGAAGCCUCGGAUAGACUGGUUGGAUCUAAUGGUAACAGACACGGCAAAUGUAUCAAGGACUAUGAUUUACGGAUUUACACCUGGAAUAUAAGAACACUAUACACGCCAGGUGCAUCUAAUAAUUUGGAAAACCUUCUCGUGCAGUAUAAGGCAGACAUUACUGCAAUACAGGAAAUACGUUGGAUAGGAUCUGGAAUUUUAAAGAAAAAGAAAUGCGAUAUUUAUUACAGCUGCCACAAAAAACAUCACAUAUUGGGAUGCGGAUUCGUAGUUGGUAACAGGCUUAGACGUAACGUCAUCGGGUUUAAGCCAAUCAAUGAGCGUUUGGCCGUUAUCCGCAUCAGAGCCAAAUUUUAUAACAUCAGCCUAAUAUGCGCGCAUUCCCAAACCAAAGAGGCAGAGGAUUUCGCCAAGGAGAAUUUCCAUGAUAUUCUCUACAAAACUUAUGGAGCCUGCCCACGAUAUGAUGCAAAAAUCUUGUUGGGGGAUUUCAAUUCGAAGAUUGGUCGAGAGCAAAUAUUUGGAAAAACUAUUGGCACCCAUAGUCUUCAGCACACCACCAACGACAAUGGGUUCCGCUUGAUCGAUCUGGCGGCGUCUUGCAACAUGGUCAUAAGUAGCACGUAUUUUCUGCACCGAGAUAUCCACAAGGGGACCUGGCUGGCCCCGGAUGGUCGCACAACCAAUCAGAUUGACCAUAUUCUCAUCGACACUCGUCACUGCUCGAGUGUUUUGGAUGUGCGUACGUAUAGGGGGGGAAAUAUCGACUCUGAUCACUUUUUAGUUGCAGCUAGAUUCAGAGCUCAAAUAUGCAAUGUCAGAAAACUGCAUACUGCGACAACGCGGAAAUUCAACAUUGGAAAUUUGCAAUCCACCGAGCUAGCCGGAGCCUUUAGAGACCGUCUUUGCGAGAAAAUUAAUUCCGCGCCUCUUGUUUUUACGUCCGUUAAUGAACAAUGGAAACAGUACGCAGACAUCAUGAAGGGGGUGGCCAGUGAUACCUUGGGCUAUAAACCACCAUUUUCAAGGAACCCUUGGCAUACAGAAGAGCGCUGCAACGCAAAACUAGGGCGGCACAAGAGGAAUAAGGCAAAAAGACGAGAAGAAAAGGGGGUCCUUAGGAGAAAAAAACGGGACCCCGCGAAAUCUCAGCUCUUGGAUAUAGAGAAACAUAGAGACAGAGCGGAAGUAAGGAGCUUUUAUAGAAAAACAAAACAGCUCUCAGCUGGAUUCAAGCCCUACACAUGUGCUCUGGACGAUGGUGCGGGAAAUCCGGUGACCGAUGAGGAAGGGAUAUUGCGGGCGUGGAAGCAGCAUUUCGAGCGGCUGCUGAAUUCGGAAAACACCAAAAGCGAUGCAUCCACAACAAACACUCCUGUUAACAACGAAGAGGUAAUUCCACCUAGCCUCGAAGAAGUUAACAACGCCAUUAAAAAGCUCAAGAACAAUAAGGCGGCUGGUUCUGCUGGCAGGCCAUCAGAACCAGCCGCCUUAUUGUUGAACCAGGGGUGA